CGUCGCGUUCAGACUUACAAAAUUAAAUGUGACCGGAAAAAGUAUGAUAAAAACAAAGAAGUCGGGAGAGAAGUGGAGAAGAAAAUAAUUGUAAAAAAAUAAACGAUAAACAUUAAUAAAAAGUGAAAAGAAGUGCGAAAAAACGCAAAAAACAAUUGAAACUGAAAGUGAACUUAAAACGUCGUUGCUUCAGCAAUAACAGAUUCCAAAACCAAUUAAAAAUCAUACAAUUACAAUAUAUACAUAUAUAGAGAGUUAUCUGCUCGUCAGUUGGCUACGCUUCAGUGUGAAAUUUCUGGGAGGGAAGAGCGGCGUCUGACGGAGUCGUCGUUACAAAAUGUCGGACGGCAGCCCAGUGCGUGCGCGACAAAAUUGCUGUCGCCUCUGCUUGGCUCCGGGCAGUGAAUGCAUAUCCAUAUUAAACAGCUAUGCGGCGGACAAGGAACCGUUGGCUACUAAGAUACAGAACUGCGUCAGCAUCAAGAUCAAUCCCGAAGAUCACCUAUCACUGCGCAUUUGUCAUGCGUGCAUCAGUUACCUGAAUUCCUGGCAGAGUUUCAAGAAUCGCUGCCUUGCCUCACAAAGCAAGCAACGCAGUUGGUUGGACACGAAUAAACGUCAACAAUUGCUCGACAACAAUGUCAGCAUAUCAACGAUUGGUGCAGAUGGCACCGGCCAACAACAGCAACACCAAGCGGACGACAGUGAACAGCACAACGCGCCGAGUUUGGCAUCAUCGAUUUUGGAUGGAAUUUCGUCGUUGAAGAAACGCAAAUCUUUAACUGUUUAUCCUUUGCCAGCUGUCGAAAUCAAAGAUGAACCGAUGGAUCCCGAUGAUGAAUACAACACCAAACAGCAUGACGAGUCCGAUGACAUGGUUGACCCAACACUCUUCUUAGAACGCACCGAGGAGGAGGGCGACGAGUCGCUCAUGGAACACAUGCCCUAUCAAUAUGAGCAACCGCGACCGCCCAUUGAGCUAGCCGCACUGGUGGACACCAAAGAGGCGUCCUGUCGCGCCUGCAAUCUGAAAUUCUCCACACGCGCCAACGCACGCCGCCACGAACGCAAUCUGCACCCAAAUCUCUUCGAGCUCUCAACAUCGACACCCAACAAUAUGCCGGUGACCAAACCCACACCCGCCUUGGCAGCCGCACUGGAGCUGCAACGCGCCACAGCGGCCGCCGUAGCCGCGGCAGAGGCGUCGAACGCCGCUUCCGGCAUGAUAACACCGCUCAAGUACCGACAACAAAUCGUGAACGCAUUCAAUAAGUGUGAAAUCGGCGGUUUCGACUAUGAGCAUCCGGAGAAGUAUCAACACCAUUUGACCGAUGAGAAGAUCGUGUUCCUGCAGCAGAACGAUGAAUUUUUGCGCCAAUACCAGAAUAUGACUUGUCGUUGUUGUAAUAAAACCUAUUCGACCUAUAAGAAUUUCAUGGCACACAUGCGCAAGAAAUACCUAGCAUUGCCGCGCAAUCUCUGCUUCAAUUGCCUGAAGCUGAACGACUCGAAGGCGCUGUUCAUCUCGCAUUUGAAGCGUCGCAACUGCAUCAACUUGUACAAAGUAUUGCAUGCGCUCAUGGCGAAGGACAGCAACUUCGCCGCUGCAGUCACGGCCACAGCGGCCGCAGUACCGGACAAGUUGCGCGCCAAGGAGUUGCUCGUCAAUAAGAUGUACGAGUGCAAGUUGUGUCCGCAGAAGUACCGGCUGAAGUUGGAGUUCCGUUCGCACGUGUACGACGAACACGCCGACAUGCAACGCAAGGACACCAUGCAAAAACAAUGCUGUUACUGUGGCUUGGAAUUGGACGAUCCGGCCGAGCGUAAACGUCACUACAACAACAUGGAUUGCAUCGUGUCGCUGCGUUGUGUCACGUGCGAUGCCAAAUUCGAUAAUCACCAGAAAUUCCUUGAUCACGUGUAUGAGAAGCAUUUGGCUGGCUUCGGCGAGCAAAUGUCGACAUCGUCGCUAAAUGCUAGCGCCAUAAGCACAGAAAAUUCGCCGGCCAAGAAGUCAACCGUCGGCUUGGGUGGCGCCUCCUCCACCGAUGAGUCACGCAGCAGUCACCAAGCUGCCUCCACAAAUCAACCGAAAUCACAAUAUUUCUCACGUAUGCCACAAGCUUGCCCCAUAUGCGAUCAACAGUACAACAACUACAACAAUGUGUUGCGCCACAUGGAAUCGAAACAUCCGGACCAAUUGCCACAGACAUACAAAUGCGUCAAAUGCGGCAUUGGCUAUCCGCGUCUCUCGAAUUUGCGCGAGCACAUGGUCAGCGCUCAUUCGGCGGACAAGGCGCGUCACACGGGCUUUGAGUAUAUUGUGAAUGCGGAUGCGGUUAAAAUUGCCUAUGGCACACAACAGAAUGUCUACACGGGACGCUAUGAUUAUGUGAUGAAGGACUUGAUGUCGAUAACGAAUGGCGGCUCAAUUGCUGACGACGAUGAGAACUCCAGCGAAAAUCCAGCAAAGAAAAUGCGCACAGACACGGGUGCCGCCGUGACAACCAGCACUGGCUCCGGUGGCAGCGGCGGCAACAUGUACAGCAGCCUGAAGGAGUGCCCCAUCUGCAAUGCGGUCUUCAGCAACAACAUCGGACUCUCCAAUCACAUGCGUUCACAUAGUGCGGCGGCACAGAACAAUUCGCUGACACCGGGUGCGAUAAGCGCCAGCAAAUCGGCACCGAGCGGUCUAACUAUAACACCAGCGCCACCGGCGAAAUCCACAACGCCACCGGCUAUGCAACAUCAGACCGCCGUGCAGAAGGCGAUAUUCAAGCGUAGCUUGGAACAGGCAGCCGAUCGACGUUUCCGGCGCAUGCGCUGUCGCCUCUGUCAGCGUCGUUUCUCAUCGAAGAAAUCGUAUCGUUUCCACAUGCUCAACGACCAUCAAAUACGCAAUGUACAGUUUAUCAAAUGCAAGCUGUGCGAUGCGGAAUUCGCUUACGAGAAGGGCCUGAAGGUGCACAUGUUCAAGAUACACAAUACACUGCUGAAGGACGAGAUGAUCGAGAAGCAAUUUGAAUGUGAUAUUUGUUCGAUCGUGUACCGCAGUGAGCCGCAGCUGCAGCAUCACAAGAAGACCGUGCACGGUAGCGCUGUCGGCGGCACCGAUCAAGCCGAUACGACCUUCGACGACAGCUUGGCCGGCGGUGCUGGUGGCGCUGAUGUCGGUACGGCCGCGAAUCCGGCUGAUCGCUCGGGCUUGUCGACGCCGGUGAGUAGUGUGGGCGCCGAACGCAGCACAGUGGACAACUCAACGAGCGGUCCGCUCUACUGGUACCAGUGCAAGUACUGUCCAUCGAACUUCAAUACGAACAAGAAGUUGGCUAUACACAUAAAUUCGCAUGACGAAUUCGAUUCGAAUGACUAUUCCUGCAAGGAUUGCGGCAAUGUCUAUAGCGGACGCAAGAGUCUAUGGGUGCAUCGCUACAAGAAGCAUCCACAAUUCCCCGAACCUUCGGAAUGUGUGCUCUGCAAGAAGGUCUUUUUCGAUAGUCAGAUGCUGGAGAAUCACAUACCGACCUGUAAUCGCAAACCGAUCAACGCAUCGGGCGCUGUCGCCGAAAGCGCUGGACCGCCACCUAUUUACAAGCAUAAAACGGGCGAUGACGAUGAUGACGCCUCACACGAUGCUAGCGGUGUAAUAACGACAAGUGCUUUGGGUGGUGGUGAACUGGAGAUUACACCGAUACCGGCCAGUGGCAUGAAGAUUAAGCUACCCGAAGUGGCUUGUACCAUAUGUGGGCAGCGUUUCACCGAUCAGGAGUUGUUCGCCAAACACAUACAAAUGCAUGAAAUGGAAUUGUAUACGGAUAAUCCGUUGGCGGCCAUGUUUGAUACUGGCCCAGCGGAUCCGAAUCAAUUCUAUUUGGAUCGGGUGAAUGAUAAUGGCGAAUACGCCUGCGAUUUGUGUAAUAAAACAUUUACACAAAUGACUGCACUUAAAGUGCAUCGUAAAUGGCAUUUCAGAGGUGAUAGCAAACAGAACCAAGCCGACGGGGAUCUUUCAGCCAAUGCAGCAGCGAACCACUUAUCACAGAUCCAGAUCAACCAUCAACAUCCACCGGGAUUACAAGCGGUGGGCCUUAUGCCCAAUCCCCAUCAUCACUCUUCAAAAUCCCAGAAACGCAAACGCGAACUUAAAUGCGAAUACUGCCCGUCCACCUUCAUCAGCAACAACAACCUGCGUCGUCACAUCUACGAAUUGCAUAAAGAGGAAAUCGGCAACUUGCCGGUGCCGCCGAAAAUCAACGUCGAUCCAUAUUUGCAAUGUCGUCGCUGCCAGGAGAAAUUCGAUACGAAGCACGAAUGGAUCACACACAAAGUGAACGAUGCGCGCGUCACCAAACCAUUUGGACCCUUCCAGUGGGGCUGUGACCUGUGCGGUGCCUAUGUUUCGCGCAAAGAGAAGCUGAUCAAUCACAUACACAAUCACCUGAAGGAGAAGGAGAUCGUGCCGGUAGAGGAUCAGACGCAUGAUCAGAAUCAGAAUCGUGCGGUGAAGCCAAAACCAGCGACGACCGCGGGUGUGGUGGCGCCGAUGACUAUUAAAAUGAGUGAUGGUGAGGUGAAGGUGAAGCAAGAGCAUGACAGCGAUGAGGAGAAGGAAGACUUACAUGACGGUGUGCUUAAGGGGGAGGAUGAGGAGUCCGAAGAGGAGGAUGUUGGCGGUGAGGUGGAUGGUGAAGUAGAAGAGGAUGAAUCGGCACACCAUGGUGUUAGUGCGGCGCGUCGUCCCGGUAUGGACACAGAUGACGAAGUCGAUGAGGAUGCUUCCGAAGAGGAUGCAGACGCGGACGAGGAUGAAGAAUAUGAGGUUAUGCCAGCGGCUACGAAUGAGCAGACCGACGGUGAGGUGGCGGAAGCGGAUGAGGAUGACGCCGAUGAUGCCGAAGACGGUGCGGAAGAUGUAGACGAAGGCGAUGACGUUGAUAUCGAUAAUGAAGAAGACUCCAAUGAUCGCACGAUUACCGCACCAAAUGGUCGCAGUUAUACGCGCGUGCCACCGGCCGCAACACAAGUCACCAUCGAACCGAAUCGCAUAUCGACAGAUACAACCGAAGACUCAUCGCCGUCGUAUGAUGAGGAUGACGAUGAUGAUGAUAACGACAAUGAUUCGGAUGAUGACAGUGAUGCGGAGAGCGGCGAUAGCUCAUCGCAGGCAUCGAAAACACCGGCACCGGCGCCGAAAGCACGCUUUUCCUGCGAUCUCUGUCGCGUCUUCUUCGAUUCGCAACAGGAGCUGCAGAAGCAUGUGAAAAUGCAUUUCCUUAACGGACCCGGCUCGGUGUCGCUAACCGAAAUCAAGCCAAAGACGGGCAACAAGUCGAGCCGCAGCAGCAGCAGCGACGUGGUGGCGGUGUAGUCGUGACGUAACGCCGCCGCUGCCGCAACACUCGCUACCUGCCAAUGCUAAGUAAUAUCUUUGUUGUUGUUUUUACUACUGUCACAUAACAGAAAUGCCGUUAAAUUUUUUUCUAGUUAUUACUUUUAUUUUAUUAUUAUUCGGCAGCGCCUACGAGCGCCGCUCAUAAACACUUUAGUGAGUUACUGCCUAAUUUAUUUAAUUAAUGUUUUAUUCUAUUAAAUUCAAAAAAAAAAAAAAUGAAGAGUUUGUGUUGCUUAUGAAUUGUUGUUGCAAUUAGGAGAAGUAUGUAUGCAAACUUUUUAUAAUAAUAACUGUAAACCUUAACAAUACAGCAAUAAUACACUGCGUAUGUAUGUAUUAAACUAAAAUAAUAUAAUAUACAUAUAUAUAUGUACAUACAUACGUAUAUAUAAAAUAAUAAUUUAAGAUAUUCCUGCUCAGUUAGAUUUCGCAUGGUGAAUGAACGACAAACUAUGUAAAACCA